AUGCCGGGAAGCCGAAAAGACCGGCAGUUCCUGCACUACUACUGCUCCCAAGGCGCGGCGGAGAUAUCAGGCUUCCUGUCCACCAGGUUCUGGAGCGAGACCGUGCUUCGCCAGAGUCACCAUGAGCCGGCCAUUCGGCAGGUCUUGGUUGCCCUGAGUUCGCUUCACCUCCAGUACACCACCUCCGAUGCCCCGGCUUCCACGUUGGCCCCCAAAGACGCGCUGAUGCAAUAUGGAAAGGGCCUUCAAAUGCUACGAAAGCGACUAGGACAACCGUCACCCGAAGGUGUAAGAAUCGCCCUGAUUUCAUCCAUCAUGCUUUACUGUUUCGAGACCGCCUUGGGGAACAGCAAUGCCGCUAUUCUGCAUCUUGAUAAGGGGUUGAUGCUGCUACGUUCAAUCAAGGACCUCAGUAAAGAGGAAGACGGGGAGGCCAUCUUCGACUUGCUGGCCCGCCUCGACGUCCAGGCCACCUUGUUCAACGACAGCAGGGUACCGAUACUCACUCUCACAACUCCAGAUGAACGCAAAAACGGGUUCAUUGACUCCCCGGAGCUACCAUUUGCAUCUCUCCACGACGCGCAGAAAAAGCUGGGAAAGCUUCAGAACUGGUUCUUUCGUUUUCUCAGCGAAAAUUUCAGAAGCCAGCCUGUCCGUUCGGUGAAAAUCCCCUCGGGUCUUUUGGGCGAGCGGAACCUCCUGGAUUGGCAUUUUACCGCGUGGCUUCAGAAGAGCCAAUACCCGAUCCCUAGUACAACGCCAGACGAUGAAGCAGAGACGGAGUGCGGGAUGAAUAUCCUCUUUACGCAGCAUGGACCAUACCACAUGCUCCUGAAGUCAUAUUUCCUCGAAGAGCGUUCCCUUUCGAAAUCAGAGUUUGAAAGGUCACCAAACCCGGAAGCUCGGGAAAUUGUACUGCGUGCCGAAUAUGUAAUCCGGUACUUGGAACAGAAAGGAGCAAAGAGAGGAACGAAAGCCCCAUGGGCCCAGCGUCGUACCUUUUCGUCCGAGACGGGUGUCAUCGUCGUGCUGUUCUUCUUGAUUUUCAAGUGCGCGGAUGAGUACGUCGUGGAGAAAGCCACUGAGCUUCUCUCCCGGACACAAAGACAAGAGGGGCUGAUCGAGGCGGCGUCGAUGAUGGCGAUUUUAAACCAUCUAAAUGGGGUUAGACAGGCGAAAGCUUCGGCGUCGGCUGGCAAGACAGAGGGGUUCAAGACAUUGGAGGAUUGGACGGAGCAUGAUAUCAUCAGUCAGGAAGGCAUUAAGAUGAACCGCGAGGGAAAACUGAUUCCGCCCACGAUAAUUAGAAACUAA